ACGAUUAGUUAUGCAUCAAUUGCACAGCAACUAGAGCACUUGUCAAUGUAGUCAUUUGUCCUGCAAGGGGCGCUGUGCUCGACUUCUCCCUCACUCCCACAUACAGCCAGUCUGUUUAUAGAAUUACAAGCAAACACGCAGACUAAUGGCGUCUCUCCAGGCAGAUGUACCAGCUGUUUUCAUCCCGUGCUUUUUUUAGUGCUGCAGCAAAAUCAUCUUUCGCAGAAGCAGCGGCAGCUUCACCACUGUUAGCAUUUGCAAUACAUUAUCGUUGCAUGGUAAAAUUGAGGCAGUGAUGACAGAGAAGUUAGAGAAAAUGGACGUCGCUCAAUUGCUUGGGUUAAAUCGGAGAGCUGCUUGAUUUUUCUUUUCUUUUGCGUUGUAAAUGGAAACGGCUUCUACGAAUUCCUUUCUUCUCCCUCCCCUGGAUUGAAAGUGAUAGAUACCAGGAGGUAUCACAUACUUUUGUCUAGUUAGGGGUACAUUUAUGCAUUUUUGCUCGCAUCAUUUAUCUGUUUAGUCGCAUUGAGGAGGUCAUCUCGGCAAAACUCAAAAGAAUCAACAGUCUGAACUGAUUUAAGAAAGACCAACGGAAAUAAAUAAAGCAGGAGAUACAGAUUUCACUCACAAUGACUACAGCAAGAUAUAGGCCUACUUGGGAUUUGGCCCUGGACCCCCUAAUGUCCUGUAAACUGUGCCUUGGGGAAUUUCCAUUGGAGCAGAUGACAACAAUAACCCAAUGCCAAUGCAUCUUCUGUACACUGUGCCUAAAACAGUAUGUGGAACUCCUGAUCAAAGGGGGCCUGGAAGCGGCUAUUAGCUGCCCCGAUGCUGCCUGUCCACAACACGGCCAUUUACAAGAAAAUGAGAUUGAAUGCAUGGUGCCAGCAGACAUUAUGCAAAGAUAUAAGAAGUUACAGUUUGAAAGAGAGGUUCUGUUGGAUCCUUGCCGGACCUGGUGCCCGUCCUCCUCCUGUCAAGCCGUGUGUCAGCUGAAAGAAAUGGAGCCCCCUGCCCUACAGCUGGUCCAGUGCACAGCCUGUAACCUGGAGUUCUGCUCUGCCUGCAAAGCAAACUGGCAUCCUGAGCAGGUCUGCCAAGAGAACGUGCCUAUGACAUCGUUCCUUCCAGGAGAAACAAGUUCAUUCUAUAAGAGUGAUGAAGAUGAUGCUCCGAUCAAGCGUUGUCCAAAGUGCAAAGUCUAUAUUGAACGUGAUGAAGGCUGCGCCCAAAUGAUGUGCAAAAACUGUAAACAUGCCUUCUGCUGGUACUGUCUGGGGUCUCUGGAUGAUGAUUUCCUAUUGAUACAUUAUGACAAAGGACCUUGUCGCAACAAACUUGGACACUCCAGGGCAUCUGUAAUCUGGCACAGAACACAAGUGGUUGGUAUUUUUGCCGGGUUUGGUCUGUUGCUGUUGGUGGCCUCCCCCUUCCUCCUUCUGGCCACUCCAUUUGUCUUGUGCUGCAAAUGCAAAUGCAGCAAGGGUGAUGAUGACCCACUGCCUACCUAGCUGCCUGCCUGUUUUCUAUUCGGAGGGCUUUGUUUCUGUUCACCAGCACUGUUUCAGCCUUACCUGGCCCAUCUUGCUUUACAGUACCAGCUCCAGUGCUCUGCUCUCCGGAAAGGUCCCCAGUGCAUUAGAGACUGGCUCAGCUCUGAAAGGAAGAGUGCAAAGAAAGAAAGACAGAACGUCAGUUAAGUGGCAAAUGAAAUGUACUGUGAAAGGUCCCUUACGAGAAUCUGAAAGGAAGGUGUCGGGCAAAACAGCUACAGAAGGAGGUACAGGUGUUGCAAGGGAUGCUGGUAGCUAUUCAUUUUCCAGCUUCGGCAAUAAAAUGGGGGCGAGGAAGCCCAACAAAAAAACAGCACACAGUUCUAGUAUCACUUUGUUUUUGUAUAUGAUAUCUAUGAAUCUCAACUAAAUUAAAUAGUUUCAGUAAACACACAAAGCCAUCUUUUUUUUUUCUUUUUCCUUGAACCAUAUGAUAAAUAAUAUGAAGCAAGUGUAUUUUUGAAAUGUUUUACCUUCGUGUAUUUAACCCUUUUGAAGUUGCAUUUUUAACCCUCAAGUCAGAAUGACUCUGAUACUGUCACAAUUAUAAAGCGACUGGCAUGUUUUGUGUAAACUUGCUUCUAAAAGUCCUAAGGAUUAGGAAGCUUUGUUGAGUUGCUACUUUACAGUCGGCCUUUGUAGCUGACUAGUAGUAUUCACCCUACAUUUAAUUCUAAGGUUUGUUUUUAGUACUGUAACAUAGUGACUACAAAGCUAAGCUUUGAUGCACAUUUUGCUUAUUGUUUUUACAAUGCCAAGUUAAUCUGCAUUAUAUCAGUGUUCAUUUGAGUUUGGGACCUCUGAGGGGGGAGGGGGGGUGGAAUACAGCACCACUAAAUGGCCCAUGAUUUUUUCCCUGUGUUCUGAUUAUUAUUCAUUCAACCUACCCCUUCAGACCAAAAUACCUCUGUUUUGUUAACAAUCAAUUAAAAAAAAAAAAAAAAAGGUCUCUGCCAUUAAACACAGAAACAUGGGUCAUAAGUGCUGGUAUUCUGUUUUUUCUUGACUCAAUCCACCCUUUAAGUACGUUCUGUACAAUUUCAUUAGUUUAUGUAUAUACUGUACUGUGAAGACAUUUUAUAAGUUUGAAUUUAACCUGUCUAAAUCAUAUUUCUGCCUUCCAGUGCUGAUAUUGUAUUUACCUUUAUUUAAUGAAAACAAGUAAUUCAUUAUUAUUUAAAAAAAAUAAAAAUCUGAAUAAUCAGUAUAGUCUAGUAUGUGCAUGUACUGUAUACGCCAUCUUUCUCAUCUCCCAUCUUCUGUUUUAAAAGUAUUUAGAGGUUUGCAUAGUAUUAUUAUUUGUUUAUUUAGCAGACACCUUUAUCCAAGGUGACUUACAGAGACUAGGGUGUGUGAACUAUGCAUCAGCUGCAGAGUCACUUACAACAACGUCUCACCCGAAAGACGGAGCACAAAGAGGUUAAAUGACUUGCUCAAGGUCACACAGUGAGUCAGUGGCUGAGCCAGGAUUUGAACCGGGAACCUCCUGGUUACAAGCCCUUUUAUAACCACUGGACCUCGCAGCCUCCCUACAAUGGAAAUCCAGUUUUUAUAGCACCUUUCCCAAAGAGGUUUCCUAAAUUAGUUUUAAAAGUAUGGGACAAGCAAGUUUUCAUUGUAUAUUUUAAACCAAAGACGCUUCAAUAUUGACUUCUCUACGUGCAUUGCACAAUAGUAACAUAAAAAGUAACAAUGAAGGCUGAAGCGUGUAAUAUAUAUAUAUAUAUAUAUAUAUAUAUAUAUAUAUAUAUAUAUAUAUAUAUAAUAUAUACAGUGCCUUGCAAAAGUAUUCAGACCACUGACCAAUUCUCAUAUUACUGAAUUACAAAUGGUACAUUGAAAUUUCGUUCUGUUUGAUAUUUUAUUUUAAAACACUGAAACUCAAAAUCAGUUAUUGUAAGGUGACAUUGGUUUUAUGUUGGGAAAUAUUUUUAAGAAAAAUAAAAAACUGAAAUAUCUUGCUUGCAUAAGUAUUCAACCCCUGUGCUGUGGAAGCUCCCAGUUUAUACCAAUGAAAGAAAUUGCCCUAUAUAUAUAUAUAUAUAUAUAUAUAUAUAUAUAUAUAUAUAUAUAUAUAUAUAUAUAUAUGUACCGGUAUAUAUACAAAUACUUGUCUGUCUGUUAUAUACUGUUUUACAUUUAAUUCCCUAUCAGCAAAGUUUUAUUUUAUCCAUUGACACCCUCAUUCAAAAGAGGGAGAAGGCAAAAGGGAGAGUGGCAUCCAGAAGAUUAAACUCCUGCUCUGAUUGGCUGAAAGCUCAAUUGAAGUCAGAUUAGAAGGGUAGUGGACUGAGUCAGGAAGGAAGGUAUAGACAAGGUCAACUACCAAGCCAUCUGUCAUUAGAAACUAGUAUGCAAGGCCUGUAUUGUUAUUUAAAACAUAUAAAUUACAUGAAGAUUAUUUAUCUUUUCAAUGUUGUGAUGCUUUUUUCUUUCUUUUUUUUUUAUUCAAGACAUUCUAUCGGAAUGUUGUCUAAUGGAGCAUCCUAAUUUGUGGAUGGAAGUUGAUGUUUCUAAUAAGAUAAUAGCAUUACCCUCACUAGUGAUCAGAGUUAUGUACGUUUUGGCUUGCCUUGCCUUGUAUGAUUAUGUUAAUACGUUUUUACAGUAUUGUAAAAUGGAUAGCGAACUGCAGUACACCAUUUUUUAAAGAAAUUACACAGGACCUCAUUAAAACAAUCCCCUGCAGUAUCUACAUGUUAAUCAUAGUUUAUAAUGACAAAUAAGAUAAAUACACGCUUGUUUUCUAUAAAAGUCCUACCGCCAUGCUGAAGUAGAUAACUGCUGCUCAGUGAAUUUUUCAUGAGGGUUGAUUGAAGGAAUCUGGGCAGGGUUUCAGUACCUCUUACCUCAUCUUCUCAAGAGUGCCUUGAGGUUAAACAUCCUCAAAGCAUAUGGGACCAUUUUUCUUUGUCAGUAACGGCAGCUCUAACAGUACUGGUGAGCCCUACAUUGAAGCAAAUGAAAAGGCAAAUCUUCAGAGAAUAACAAAGUCAUGUUAAUGUUAUCCUAGUGAACUAGCCAGUGUAUUCAAUUCCUUGUGUGUAAUUUUACAUAUAGCAUAAAAAUAAAAUAUAUAUAUAUAUAAACCAGGGGUCAGUCUGUCCUAGAGCAGAUGACGCAUGUGCUUUAAUCCCAGUUCAGACCUUUCCUCUAAAUACAGUAGAAGCAGUUCCCCAUUGAAAAAUCUUUGUUGGACUAUACUGAAGUAAAUAUUUUAUAUUAAUGUAAUAAUAAAUAAUACAUUUAUUUUCAUGAAAUAAUUAUUCAAGCAUUGUUUGUGUUCUACUUUUUUUUUUAGUUAAUUCUAGUCAAAUUACUUGUUAAUGUUGUUUUUCUUUUUUCUUAAUACAAUGUACAGGAUGUAACCCUAUUGUGUGGCAAUUUUGAUGGCAACAAAAGGGAGACUUGGUGGUCAACAUGCCAGCAACUUGUUUGGGGCAACAUGCCCACUAUCAUGUUUGGAACCGGUGUCACAUGGUAAUAAAAAAGCUAAGUGGACGCAUGAUUUGGGAUUAAGAGUACUGGUGGGGCCCUACAUUAAAGCAAAUGAAUUCUGUUGCUAGCUUGUUGACUGUGGCCUUGCUUCUCGUGUGAACACCACAUUUACAAGGCAACACGUGGGCAAACAAUGUCUUGGUGCUGUAGCCAUCAACAAAAACUCUUAUGUGAUUGCAAUUGAAGUUUCCAAAACCUCCUGCAUUUAUUUAUGUCAGCUCAAAGUAAAGCUUUAUAUUUUACUCUACCAGGCUAAUGUCAUAUUUCAUGUUGACUUUCCUUGCAUGUAUUGUUCAAGAAUUGGAAUUUGCAUUGCCUUUGUUGCACAAUAUUUUUAAUGUAUACACAUAUUCUGAUUAAUAAAUGUAUUUACAUUUUAUUACAUAUGCAAUUGAAUUCUAGCUGUAGAAUUGUAACCUUGUAUAUUGAUAAGCAUGACAAAGUCUUGUAUAUAAAAUAUAUAUAUAGUUCAGUUCCUCUGUAAAGUGUAUUUAAAUGUAAAUGUAUCUAUUGUGCCACUAACACUGUGAUAUUAAACAAAAUGUUUACUA